AAAAAGAGAAGCGUUUUCCUCUCCUUCGCACAACCCAGAAAGACUCCAAGAAAAUGGUAAUAGAACAGCCGAAAGAAAGCCCUCAUGGUUCAAAUCAAUCAAGCCCGAUUGAAAGAAACCAAAAUGCGGAGAGUUUUUUCAGCCCCAGAUUCAAAUCCAUCGCCGCCAUGGCCGGUUGGGACGAGGAGGCGCUUAUCGUCGCAAGCCUUGUAGUUGAAGACACUCCCGAUCGGGUGGGGAAGCACAAGAAACGCUCCGAUUUGCGGUUGAUCAAGACCCCAUCCACCAAUUCAAGAAGGAAACGCAGGGUUCAGAGGAGGUGUUCUGUUUCAACUCCUCCUGUUGCCCCUCUAAAACUAAAGCUAGACGAAGAAGAUAAUUCAAGAGAAGAAAGCGAGAAAAAAGAAAAGGAACAUAAAAUUGUUGUUAAUGAAGAGAAGAAGAAGACAGGAGGAGUUGAAAAGAGUAAUGAUGCUCCUGGUGUUUCUUGCUCCAAUCCUGCCCUUCCUUGUCUGGAUAAACUCAGAGAAGAGCUUUCUUGUGCAAUUUGUUUGGAAAUCUGCUAUGAACCCAGUACUACCCCAUGUGGACAUAGUUUCUGUAAGAAAUGUCUGCGAUCUGCCGCGGAUAAAUGUGGAAAUAGAUGUCCAAAAUGCAGGCAACUAAUAAGCAAUGGAAGAUCCUGUACCAUAAACACAGUCCUGUGGAAUACAAUACAGCUGCUGUUUCCACAAGAUGUUGAAUCAAGGAAGCCCACCGGAGGCCAGCAGAGUGACCUUCAGAGUCCGGUAAGACGAACUCACAGUAACAGAAGGGCAAGGACUCGGAGUUCGCAUCCUCCCAUGGAGUCUGGUGUUGAUACAAGAUUGAGGAGGAGAGGAGCACCAACCCAAGAUGAUGAAGAUACUGCAUUGGCUGCAAGGUUGCGGAGAGAAGAUGACCUUUCCCGGUUGAUAAGUAGGAAUACAAGCUCAGGGAGGAGAGGGACGCCAAACCAAAAUGCAGAUGCUGCAUUGGCUCUGAGGCUGCAGAGGGAGGAGUUCAUGCAGUCUUUCAGGGGGAAUCAUGAGCAAUCUACAGCAGCCUCUCUUGCCUUGGCUAGAGCAAAUUUGAGAGCUAUGGCUUCCAGAGCCAUUAAUAUUCGUACUAGGGGCCAGUAAUCAUGUACAAAAAUGGGGCAACACACAGAAUGAUGAAUGGUGCUUGCUUGGAUAGUUAAUUUGUGCAAGCAAAUUUUCCAUGCAAAACAAAAUACAUUGUGAAAUUUAGUCAUGAAUUGAAUCCUCACAUUCCCUUUUCUUUCUCUCAAUGUCAGCAAUUUUCUAUACACACAAAGUUUGUCUCUGGGAAACGAAGCUGGGGAUAAUCUCCUUCUCACAACAAAAUAUGGGUUAGUUAAAAUGAUCAUGAAUGUCCAAUGUCCAUAUAAAUAGCGUGGUGGCUGCAUAAAAAGUCUCCGGCCAUUUAAGAUCACAACAAGAAGUUCUCAGUUCCCUUUUCUUUCUUCGAUGCAUUUGCAACUGUCAGCAAAUGUCCCAUUGAUUGCAUGAGAAAAUUACGGCUCAGGAUGAAUCUCAUAGCCCUGAUAUGAUCUCGCAGAAGAGAGUGAAUUAGGACCCUGAGAUUGGCUGCUUGAAUAAUCUUUCAAAGGCAAUUCUUUUAGCGCUUGUGUGAAUGUCUCCUUCUGCCAAAGCGGGGUGCUCCUGUCAACUGUUGUGAGAUGCUCAAAGCAAAGGAAAUGACCCCAAUUGUGCCCAUUGUGUAGAACACUCUAUAUGGUGUCAAUGCCAGAGCAGAGAUAGAGGCAAAGAGUCCAGCAAUUCAGUAGAUAAAGUUCAAUCUAAUUUCCUGACCCAGAACCAGGGGAAAGGAAAAAGAGGAAUCAAACAGAGGCUCUGAACUUAAGAUGCCAUGAAGGAUUAAACAAAUGCAAAGUGAUGAAUCCAAGAACCAUGGAAACCUCUGGUGCAUCCCUGUUCCCUGCAAUCAC